GAUUGUGUAAUGCCCACUCCUACAUUACUGGUUUGGAUGUGCACUCGCACACAUACACACAACUCUUUCUCCUCUUGGUGAACAACACAACAACCACAGUAUUUACCAGGCAGCCCUCAGAUAGACCACCCGGGUGAAACGCAGUCACUCAAACCAGGACCUCUACUGUAGUGACGAGCUUCCUUCCUGUUGGAUUAGUUUGACUUCAGUUUGUUUGAUUUUUUUGAUUUUUUUAAAUAUCAAUUUCGCACUGUUUGAUAUUUUCCUGCUGCCCCGCGAAUGCUGAGGUCAGCGGGCGACCCUCAGAAGAGAGGAGGUGAGGUGGUGACCAUGUGGAUCCCUACGCCCAGCAUGACUCUCCCACAGCGGGUGGUGCUGUAUGGGACGUGCCUUGUGGCUCUGAUGAACUCCGUGGGUCUCCUGGUGCUCAUGGUCCAGCAGAACCAGCAGUGGUUUUGGCUGAAGCAGACGGAGGCGAGGCUGACGGAGGUGGAGCAGAGCUCAGUGGUGGAGUUCCUCCAGGAGGUGCCGAAAGGGGCGGCGGGGCUGCGGGCGAGUGCGGGGGGCCAGCCACAGUACCAGUACUCCAGGAACAAGAGGAGCGAGGAGCUGGAGAAGGAGCUGCAGCACCAGCCCCACCCGGACGAGGGAAAGGGACUCCAUCAGCAGGAGGCCAGCCAGGAGGUCGGAGAGGGAAAAGAGAGGAUGAAGCAUGAGCUCAAGCUCAAACACCGGCACGAGCAGCGUUACCAUAAGACACAAGUGCAGGACAACAUGAUGAUGAUGAUGACUUACUCCAUGGUCCCGAUCAAAUUGCUGAUUGACAUUUGCAACAGCACCAAAGGAGUCUGCAUAGCUGGACACCCAGGACCUCCAGGUUUGCCCGGUGCAGAUGGCUUACCCGGAUACAAUGGGACCGAUGGACUUCCAGGACUGAACGGCACUGAUGGAAAAAGAGGGAAAAAAGGGCUACCAGGUGAGAGAGGGGAACAAGGAGGAAAAGGUGAGCCAGGUGAGCCUGGACCACCUGGAGAGAAGGUCGAACCAUCCAACGACGUCAUCAUAGAGGGUCCUCCUGGUCCUCCUGGCCCUCCCGGGCCCAUGGGGCCUCAAGGACCCCCUGGACCUCCGGGGCCUUCCAGGACCAGACACCACAGAGCCCACCUCCAGACGGCUCACACUCUGGGGUUGCUACAUGCAGUUCCGAACGAUGAGACCUUGACCGUGAAGGAGGCCGUGAAACUACACGAGAGGCCUGCUAAGAAAAAUGAGUGUCUGAUUAAAUCCCUGAUCAAUCCCCGGGAGGUGGCAAAGAUGGAGAGCACAUUUGGCACCUGGAUGAAAGACACGGCAGGGCUGGAUGAUGAGCGCAUAUGGGUGGCAGAACACUUCUCUGGCCGGAUGGUGAAGGAGUAUAAAAGCAUCGGUGCCUUCCACAACAAGAGCAGUGAGAAUGUGGACGUCAGAAAGUUUUACCAGGGAUGCGGCCACACCGUUCAUAACGGCUUCUUCUAUUACCACAUUGCUGGCACUUCCAGUAUUGCAAAAUUUGACUUGAACACCAAGAGGCUUCACACCCUCACCAUAGACAACGCCUUGCACCACAGCCUGGCGUACCUGCUCCCCAACUCCAAGACCUACUUCAAACUGGCGGUGGAUGAAAAUGGCUUGUGGCUUAUCUUUGCCUCCAGUGUGGAUGAGAGCAUCAUGGUGGCCCAGCUGGACCAGAAGAGCUUCUCCGUCACGUCCUACAUAAACACCACCUACCCCCGCACCAAGGCCGGCAAUGCCUUCAUCGCCUGCGGCAUCCUGUACGUCACCGACACCAAGGACACCAGGGUCAGCUUUGCGUUUGACCUGCUGAAGGGAAAGGCAGUCAACAUGACCUUUGACUUGCGGUCUCCUGGUGGAGUUCUGGCCAUGCUGUCCUACAGCCCGAAGGACAGACAGCUGUACGUGUGGGACCAGAGCUUCAUCAGGCUCUACGUGGUCCACUUCAUCUCGGAUGACUGAAAAACACGCUGUCUGAACAAACAGAUACAGACUUUCAUUUUUACUUUCCCCAUUCAGAUCAAAACGCCAGCAGACUACCAGCUAUCCAGAUCUCAUGUAUUUGUACCGCAUGUUACAGUUUCACCACCUUUUCAACACUUUCCAGUCAAUGGCUUUGAAAUAUCUAUUCCAUCACAGAAAAGCAGCUUUUGGUCCUGUUGAAUCUGUGUAAAUGUGUGCAUUCUUCAUAUUUUGGUUUUACUGAUUCAGAACCAAAUAAAAAAAAUAAAAAAAGUCUUGUCUACGGGAUAACCUCCCCCCCAAAAAUUGUGUUAAACAGCUUUUUUUCCUGUUUUAAAUUCAAAACUCCACAAAAUGUUAGGAAUGUGGUCA